CAGCGUGAACGUCGCCGCUAAAAUUGUGAUCGUUCACUCCAUUCAUUUUCUCGGGAGAUCAAGAUCAACCAGUUCACAAAAAUCCAAAUAUGCUGCCCACCAAAACGGACUCCCGUCGACGUCUCAACGUUGGGGGCUCCGCCUCACCGUCUGGCGACUACAUCAAGGUGAUCGAUGGACAGACCGAAACGGAUGGAUUUGUGAACGAGCAGUGGAUGGAACCGGAGUUGAUUGAGCCCACGCCAUGGAAAACGAUACUCAUCAUCCUCAUCCUGUUCAUAGGCGGCACAAUAUCUAUUUGCUUUGCCACCAAUCUAUGGAUGGCGGAUAUCAAUCGAGAGCGUAGUGACCGUGUAUGGGCUUUGUCCAUUAUUGGAGCACUGACCAUUAUACCCGGCGGCUACUAUAUGUACGUGCUCUACUGCGUUCUGCUGCAUCGUCAUGGCUACACCAUGGACGAUAUUCGUCGACUGGGAUAAGGACUCACAAAUUUGUGUUUGUUUUUUGUCGUACGUUUUGUCAAAUACAGUUUUAUUGCAUUUACUUUACACUA